AUGAGUUUGGCGGCGGCGUUGUCGUUGGAGUUCUACUGCGACCUGUGUGUUGAGGUUGCGAACGAGCCGCACAUAGACGCGAGCUUGUCGCCCAAGGAAGCAGAGACCAAACGCACAGUGCUUCGUGGGCAAGAAGCUGUGAAGCGAGACAAGGUCAACAAGUUCCGCAUAUGCUAUAUCGCUCAAAAGAUCACGUCUGUGCUUUGUGAUGACGAAGAUGGAGAGGUCGUCGAAGGCUACACUCCUAUCGACAAUGGACAUCCGUUCGACACUACUCUGCCUCGGACAGGCGCGAACAUGUUUGAGGACAUCGAUGUACCACCUCCCAACCGAACCAAGCCAGAGCGGAGAGAGUCGUGUGGGAAGACAGGACCAUUGACCAUAAGGUUGGACGUAUCAGAUUUCGGAGACGAGUUCGCAGAGUUGUCAACAAUCAAUCGAAUCGGUUGAUUGAAUUCCGUUUUGGGCAUGCACGUUGUACAGUACGGUCCAUGAAGCGGUGCAAGUCUCAGGACCUCGCUCGUUCGCGAAUCAAUCUGUCGAUCUGGU